UCUGGACAUCGGCCAUCACCCUCGUACGUACUUACUCCUCGUUAUGUACACCUCACACAUGCUCGACUUUGAUUCUCCGUCUCAAUCAGCGUAUUAAUGCCUCCCCCCCUCGCACUAAUGAUCCCCCUCAGUCUCUUGAUCCAAGACUGAGGUGAGCGCUCUCAUUCAUGGUUCUACGUACACUUUCACCCUACUUAAUCCUUCUCCCUUCUAGGUAUGAUUCAUAGCAGAUAUUCCAGUCUUUUGAUCCAAGACUAAGUCCCUUUCCUUUUCCUAGUCUGAGCCUCUUCAUUCGUAAGACCCUAUCCCACGACAAACAUGAGCCAAUGGCCGUCUCUUCUAGAAGGGUAUGAAGGUGCAGAACCUCUUCCAACCACUCUCAACCCCGACGGAAAAUCCCUGUACAACCCACCUGGUCCCCGCUCGGCCGCCUACGACGAAUUCCCGAAAGAAAUUGAUCCGACUCAGAAUGGCUUCGACUUCCACAUUUUCCACAUGCCCUCUGUACCUGCUCAGGCGCAGUAUGCGAGAGAACUAUAUGAGCGUAUAAGGAGAGAGUUUCCAGAGCUGCGCAUCUACAAGUUCUUCGAUGAAGCAGUCGGGCCCCAUCCUACCGGCAUGUUCGAGGUAAAUACGUUCACCCCGCACCAGACCGGAGCGUUCUUUUCCUGGCUUGUCAUGCAUCGGGGGCCUUGCGAGUACGUGUCACAUCAAAUAUUUAUAAUAGUAUCUCGAUUGUUUUUAAAAUUUGCUAACACGCAUUUCAAAGCGUCCUCGUCCACCCGAAUAUAAAUGAUUUGUACAGAGAGCAUACAGAGUUGGCAACGUGGAUGGGGAGGAGAUGGCC